AUGCCAUGCGAGGACUUGCCCUGCGUCGCCAUCCUCGGGACGUGCGACACCAAGCUCGACGAGCUCCUUUAUGUUCGCAGUCAGCUCCUCGAAGCGCACCGGGUCCGCGUCAAGCUCUUCGACGUCGGGCGUACGCCCAGCCCGCACCCAGCCAUCGAUGUCGCGCGGCGCUCCAUCCUCACCAUUUCCAAAGGGGACAACGAACCCACGUCAGGAACGCCUCCUGACGUCUCGACCCUCUCCCGAGCAGCGUUUAUAUCAACAAUGGCCUCACGCGCAACGCCACUCCUCGCAUCGCUCGCCACAGCGGGCACCAUCCACGGGCUCGUCGCACUCGGCGGCUCGGGCGGGUCCGCCCUCGCGAGCGCGGUCAUGCGCCAGCUCCCCCUCGGCUUCCCGAAGCUGCUCGUGAGCACGAUGGCCGCGGGCGACGUGCGGGCGUUCGUCGGCGAGGCGGACAUCGCGAUGCUUUACAGCGUCGUCGACAUAGCCGGGCUCAACGACAUCCUCUGCCCCGUCCUCGAUAACGCCGCGGGCGCGAUUGCGGGGAUGGCACGCGCCUACCAAACUACACUCCGUUCCUCUCAGCUGGCCGUGGCGGGAGAGGGGGCAAACCGGACCCGCAAGCGCAUCGCGAUCACGAUGUUCGGCGUGACGACGCCAGCGGUGACCGUCGCCCGCGCGCUGCUGGCGCGGUACGCGUGCGACUCGUACGUCUUCCACGCGACCGGGGCCGGGGGGCGCGCGAUGGAGCGCCUCGUAUCCGAAGGGUUCUUCGACGGCGUGCUUGACCUCACGACGACGGAGCUCGCGGACGAGCUCGUCGGCGGGAUCCUGAGCGCGGGACCGCACCGGCUCGAGGCCGCUGCGCGGGCGGGCGUGCCGCAGGUCGUGUCCCUUGGUGCGCUGGACAUCGUCAGCUUCGGACCGCGCGCAAGCGUGCCCGAGCGAUUCGUGCUGCAGGGCCGUAUAUUGCGCGAGCACAACGCGUGCGUGACGAACAUGCGCACGACGCCGGAGGAAUGCGCGCAGCUCGGACGGAUGAUCGCGGAGAAGCUUCGUGCGGCGGGGGCGCGUCCAGAUAGGACGGAGGUAUGGCUUCCGAUGGGCGGGAUGAGUCUGUUGGACAAACACGGGGGACCGUUUUGGGACCCGGAGGCGGUUGAAUCGCUGGCGCGUGCGGUGAGGGAGGGGUUUAAGGGAGACGGGGAUAGGAAGGUCAGGGUGGUGGAAGCGGAGGGGAAUAUCAAUGACUCUACGUUCGUGGAAGGCAUGGUGCAGAGCCUGAUCUACUCCUGUAACGUCAUGAUUAGUGUCCACGUCUUCAGGAUUGCCAUGUAA